AUGAAGCUUUAUUUGUUUCUUUUAUUAUUCUUUGUGGAUGAUAUGGCUUGUGAAAAGUUGGAGACUUUAAAGAAGCCGCAAAAACGAAUCGUUUUCCAAGGAAUGCACGCCUCCGACUCACACAUUGCAAGCAGUAUGCCUUUUGCGCAAAGAUGGCAUCAAGAGGGUCACUACAUUGAAUUUCUCGAAACACACGAGAAACCGGAGAGUUACAACUAUCCAGCCGGCAUCAAUCACACGUAUAUUCAGCUGAAAAGCGAUGUUUCUUAUACAGAAGUUUUGCGCGCCGUUUGGAGUCAUUAUUUUGGAGCAAGAGAGAAAGAUUUCGAUUUACUGGUGAUCGACGAGUUGUUCUCUAUCCUCGGAUUUGGAUUGGCGUUGAAGAGGAAAGCUGAAGGAAUUCCAUACGUGACGAUAGCUUCGUGUGCAAGCACUCAUGUCAUGACGCAUCACUUGGCUUUAGGAAACAACUUCAUCGGUCGUCCGGCCUAUUUCUCAAUUCCAAGCGCUCGCUUUGAGCCGAAAAGCUUUUGGAGCCGCGUGAACACUUUCAGAGAAUCAUUAGCCGAUUUUAUUCUUGUUCACCUGAAUAUCCAUUUCCAUGCUCAAAAUGGAGUGAAACAUUUGGGCCUCGACGGGCUUCAAAUGGCUGAAGUGGCGAAGAAGGCUUCAUUCUAUUUGUAUGAGGAGCUGACAAUGUUCAACUUUCCGCAACCAGUUGGUACAGAGACUCUUCAUGUUGGUUUUCAUUGUCCCAAGUUUGGUGAGCUUAAAGGAGACUAUUUGGAGCAUGUGAACCAUCCAGGAUCACAGGGAACAAUUCUGAUCGCUUUUGGAACGAAUGUGAAAUGGGAGUUCGCUCCAAUUGAAACGAUAAAAACCUUUGUUGACGCUGUGAACGAUUUAACCGAAUUUCGAAUCAUUUGGACGUACACUGGUGAUGCUGAACAUGUGAAAGACGUGAAAUCUCAUGUUCGGAUCACAAAAUGGGCUCCACAAAAGGAGAUUCUCAUUCAUCCAAAGACUGUCGCUUUCGUGUCACAUGGUGGAAUGAAGAGUGUAAAAGACACGAUUUGUGCGGGAGUUCCUGUGGUGUUCAUGCCGAUUUUGGCCGAACAGACGCUGAACGCGGAGAUGUGUCGACAAGCAGGCUUUGGCUUCACCUUGGAAAAGGACAAGUUGACGCCGGAGAUUCUUCGAAAAGCUUUAAAAACGGCAACAACUGAAAGCUAUAAACAAGCGAUGACUCGUUUCCGUAAUCAAGUUUUCUAUCUUUGUUUUUCCUUUGUGAAGAAUUGUGUAAAG